UUUCAGCAAAAUGAACCUAGUCUCAUGUGUCUUCUUCUAUUACAAUAAUUGCUCCCUUUUUUUCUCUCUAUAAAAACAGCUAUAUUAUAUGGAUUGUAAAGGCAUUCACUCACACCAUUCAGAAGUAACCUAGAGAAGCAAAUCAUUCGUAGAAAAUGGCAGAGGUAGAAACGAAGCAAGAGACAAAUGCUGCGACUGAGCCAGAGACACAGGCUGCGACUGAGCUAGAGACAAAGGCUGAUAGUAUGGUUGGAGAGAUUUGGAUAGGUGUUGAUAUCAAAGCUUCUGCAGAGAAGUUCCACCAUAUGUUCGCUAAAAGGCCACACCACGUGUCCAAUGCCACCCCUCGCCACAUUGGGGGAGUUGAGCUGCACGAGGGAGAGUGGGACAAAGUCGGAAGCAUAGUCUUGUGGAACUACAUUCAUGAAGGAAAGCCAAAAGUAGCAAAAGAUAGGAUCGAAGCGGUGGAUCCGGAGAAAAAUCUGAGAAAGUUCAGGGUCUUAGAGGGAGAUGUGUUGAAGGAGUACAAAACCUUCUAGAUAACACUCCAAGUAACACCAAAGCAAGGAGGAUCCGGAAGUGUGGCGAGGUGGCACUUGGAGUAUGAGAGGAUUGAUGAGAAGGUAGCUCAUCCUGAAACUCUAAUUCCAUUCUUGGAAUCAAUGUCCAAAGAGAUCGAUGAACACCUACUGUCCACAGAGUAGAACGAAGACGUCCUUCUGCUUGUUUUUUUUUUGUAACAUACUUCGGUUUGUUUAAAACCCUAUAUAUGUAUGUGGUACAUGCAUGUAUAUUCAG